CUCAUACGAGCUGCUGAUCAACAGUGAGUCGUCAAUACAUGCCUGCCAUUCUCAUGCAUAUCACCACUGACCAACUUUGCCGUAGACUUCUUGGCGCCAUCGAGUUCAUGAUUACCGCGUUCAUCAGCGUUUCGUGGAAGCCGAUGAUCGCGUGGGAGACAUACACCAAAAGCCUCAGCGCGCUCAAAGAUCUGACGGCCUGGCGGAUGAAGCGCACAUUGGACAACUGGCAGAACGUCGCUCCGCAGUAUCGGCCAACGCGGCUGCAAAUGUCCGUCGAGCAUCCAAGUGUGAUCGAUUGGAUCCCGUGGCCCUCGUUGCGCGAUAAGCUCAUCCUCCACCACGCAGCCAACCCACGCAUCGACGACAUCAUCAGCGAUGUUGGGCGAUCUUAUGUCGUCCAAGCGGAUUUGUCACAUCUCAUCGACUGUCCUCAGCCAGUCAUAGGCUACGUAUCUAUCUGGGGACUCGUGCAAGCAAUCACUUCGAAUGGGAAUGAAGAGCCUUCCAACGCGCGUCCCAAGGCUCUGCCCACAGGAUGCAAUAGGGACACUCAUUGUGUCUCGACAGCAAGGACAACGAACGAGACAGCACUCUCCAGCUCUCCACAACAACAGCAGCGAACCAGACUCCCCGCCGCCUCCGCAAGCGAGCUCUUCCAAUCUCCCGUUCUCGCAACAGCUGCGCAUCGCCAGCUACGGCUCGACCACGGCAUGGCGUUCAACUACCGCCUGGACCCGGCUUUCUUCGAAGCAUAUCCCGAACUCUACGAUUGCGAAGCGAAUGUCAUCGCGCAGGGAGUGCCCCUCAAGCCGGACAGGCGCCUCGUGGACGACACUUUCCCUUGUCCCGGGGCCUUGGAUUCUGCGGCACUUGCGCAGUAUCAGGACUUCUCUAAAUUGGCGCUGGGGUAUGUGACCGUGUAGAUCUGUCGUGUGGUCUUUGCUGCCCCUUUUUGAUCCGAUGCAAUGAAUGUUAGCGGUUUGGCGUCUGUUUAGCAAAGUCAGCAACGACUGGUUCGGAACAGCUAUUUUUGGUGAUGUGUAAUGAUCCUCGAAUCGAACCAGAGUUUCAAUCUGCUAUCAACUGGACUCGCGAAGGAGUUGAGACGGAUAUGCAAGGCCUGAAUACAACUGCUUUUCAUGGCC